UUCGCAAAGUAUUGUCAAACCGCAGAGUUGUUAAAACAUUCGUUCCAAAAAUGAAAAUUAUCGCGCUAUUAUUCCUAUUGUCUUGUGUCUUCUGGACAGCUACAAGUAAUGAUGUGCAAAAAACUGAACAGAAAAAUCGCUUUGGUCUUGUAAACCAACGAAUUAGAUCCUUGCGCGACAGUCUUGGUGGUAUGUGGGCUACAGACACAACGACACCGAAACCCGUGGCAGCGGUAGCCAAUGAAGAUGAUGAAGAUCAAUGGGAUAUCGGCACAUUCUUGGGGCAGUUAGGCACAAAAGUGGGUUUGGUCGUUAAAAACGCAGUGAAAGAUCUAUUAGAAUGUGUUGAUAAUGUAUUCAACUUAAGCCCUGGUGAAAAGAAAAAAGAAACGAAUAAUAAAGGCGGUGCUGGCGCAGCAAGUGCAAAUUCGACUUUGAAACCAACCGAAUCCACGACUGUUGGUAGUACCACAGUAAACCCAACCGAAUCCACGACUGCUGGUGGCACGGGUAACGCUACAACUUCGAAUGUUGCCUAGGACUCGCUACCGUUUGCGGCGUUGUAGCUAGUUGAUCCGGAACUUGUGAUUGGCGAGCAAGUAGAUAUUCCAAAAUUAACAGUGGUCUAACCUCGAAAUCAUAAACUAGUAAAUAUGUUUAAAAAAUGGCAUAUAAACUAUUCCUGUACUAUAUUGAAUAUAUAUUUUCUAGUUUCAAAAUUGAAA